UACUUUUAACCUUGUUCGGAAUUCAUUUGCGCCCAUAAUGUAGGAUUUUGGUGGGAAAUGGUUGGUAACACUUUGUUAGUAAACAAAGUUUUGAAUUUGGCUAAUUCUUAACAUCUAUUUGUUGUUUGUAAAGACACUGUAUUUAUUAUAAAUUUAAAGCGUUGUAACUAUGAACAUACGACGUAAAUGGCUGAAGUGCAUAUUAUUGGGCAGGUUGUUGGAGCUAGCAACUUUCCUCAGAAUUGUUUGUUCUGCAAGUGGGGUAUUCAUGCCGGUAGUAACUGGAAAUUGAUAUCUGGAACGGUGGAAGGGCAGACACAAGUAGACGAUCCAGAGUACCAAGAUUUUGCAUUCUGGUCACAUCCUAUCGACGUUCAUUUUGCCACGAAAGGAAUUCAAGGUUGGCCGAGAAUACACUUCCAGGUGUACCACCAGGACAGGUUCGGCCGCAGCGAGCUGUACGGCUACGGUGUGUGCCACAUCCCCACGUCGCCCGGCACCCACGCUCUAGACUGUGUCACUUGGAGGCCUGUGGGAAGCCCGUGGGACCGGUUCCGGCAGUUCUUCCUCGGCGGCGGGCCGCAGCUGAAGUCCCUGGACCAGUUGUACUCCGGGCCGGACCGCUGCCGCCUGCACACGGAGACCAUGGGCGCGGUGCGCCUGGAGCUGGGCGUCGUCCUCCGCAACUUCCGCAGGUUCGGCGUGUCGGCGUGA